UCUUAAAAGCGCGCGUGCGCAGUCGGUAAUUGAAGAUUGGCACGCGACUCAGUCAGCUGACCUGUCUUGUGAUAGCUGUUAGGCUGCACUCGUGAGACGGACACGGCUUUCGUCACUCGCUGCACGCACGCUGGAAAACGUUGCAUCUUUCUCCGUAAAUUAACUAUUCAAGAUGACGAACCACAGUUUGGCGAAGAUUGCGCAUGAAGAGCGGGAAGGCAAGUUCGGAUACGUUUAUGCAGUAUCCGGACCUGUUGUUACUGCUGAAAAAAUGUCUGGAUCUGCUAUGUACGAAUUGGUACGAGUCGGUUAUUACGAGCUAGUAGGAGAAAUUAUCAGAUUAGAAGGUGACAUGGCUACAAUACAGGUAUAUGAAGAGACGAGCGGUGUGACAGUUGGCGAUCCCGUGCUUCGCACCGGAAAACCGCUAUCCGUCGAAUUGGGUCCUGGCAUCCUCGGCAGUAUCUUCGACGGUAUUCAACGGCCGUUAAAAGACAUCAACGAACUCACAAGUUCGAUCUAUAUACCGAAAGGUAUCAACGUGCCGGCGCUUUCGCGUACCGCUUCUUGGGAAUUCAAUCCGCAUAACGUGAAAAACGGCAGCCAUAUUACGGGCGGUGACUUGUAUGGUGUCGUACACGAGAACACCUUGGUAAAACAUUGGAUGAUUCUGCCACCCAAGUGCAAAGGCACGGUCACGUACAUCGCGCCCAUUGGCAACUACACCGUCGAUGAUGUUGUAUUAGAGACCGAAUUCGAUGGCGAGAGGCAGAAGUAUACUAUGCUUCAGGUGUGGCCAGUCCGUCAACCUCGUCCGGUCACUGAAAAAUUGCCAGCUAAUCAUCCUCUACUCACUGGUCAACGAGUCUUGGACUCUCUCUUCCCGUGUGUUCAGGGUGGAACCACGGCUAUUCCCGGUGCUUUUGGUUGCGGCAAGACUGUCAUCUCGCAGGCCUUGUCCAAAUAUUCCAACUCUGAUGUAAUCAUUUAUGUAGGUUGUGGAGAACGUGGUAACGAAAUGUCUGAGGUAUUGCGCGAUUUUCCUGAAUUGACCGUGGAAAUUGAGGGUGUCACAGAAUCCAUCAUGAAACGUACCGCUCUGGUCGCCAAUACAUCCAACAUGCCGGUAGCCGCGCGUGAAGCGUCUAUUUAUACUGGUAUUACGCUAUCCGAAUAUUUCCGUGAUAUGGGAUACAACGUAUCAAUGAUGGCAGACUCGACGUCUCGUUGGGCCGAGGCUCUCCGAGAAAUUUCGGGUCGUUUAGCUGAAAUGCCUGCUGAUUCUGGUUAUCCUGCUUAUCUUGGUGCUCGUUUAGCCAGCUUUUAUGAACGCGCCGGAAGAGUAAAGUGUUUGGGAAAUCCAGACCGUGAAGGAUCUGUUAGUAUUGUCGGUGCUGUAUCACCACCAGGUGGUGACUUUUCAGAUCCUGUGACUAGCGCGACACUCGGUAUUGUGCAGGUAUUCUGGGGUUUGGAUAAGAAACUUGCACAACGUAAACAUUUCCCGUCCAUCAAUUGGCUCAUAUCAUACAGCAAGUAUUUGCGAGCACUGGAUGAUUUCUAUGACAAGAAUUUCCCAGAGUUUGUUCCAUUGAGAACGAAAGUAAAGGAGAUCUUGCAAGAGGAGGAAGAUCUUUCAGAAAUCGUGCAGCUAGUAGGCAAGGCUUCGCUCGCAGAAACAGAUAAAAUAACACUUGAAGUAGCGAAAUUAUUGAAAGACGAUUUCCUGCAACAAAACAGCUAUUCGCCAUACGAUCGAUUCUGUCCAUUUUACAAGACCGUAGGAAUGUUGCGAAAUAUGAUCGCAUUCUACGAUAUGGCAAGACACGCGGUGGAAUCGACAGCUCAGUCAGAUAACAAAAUCACAUGGAAUGUCAUUAGGGACAGUAUGGGCAAUAUCCUCUAUCAAUUGAGCUCUAUGAAGUUCAAGGACCCUGUUAAGGAUGGUGAGGCGAAAAUCAGGGCAGACUUCGAUCAAUUGCACGAAGAUAUUCAACAGGCGUUUAGGAAUUUAGAGGACUAAAUUCCUACCCUGUCACUUGUUAAAAGCAAUUUUAAGAUAUUGAUCGUUCUUAUGUAACUUGGCUCUAAUAUUUAAGGAUGUCCCGGUCCAACUAGGGAAUUGCAGAGUGACCUGCUAAAAAUACGACCACAAGCACUAUCGAUUAUGUCAUAUAUUAUUUGCGGAAGAUACAUCAUCCUUGAAAACAUUUGAGUGAAUUGUAAAUAGAGAAGCUACGUUUUGAAACCUAUUACUGUGCAGCGAAAUAUUCGAAAGAAUGUCAUGUCAUGUACGUGACGAUUGUGACAAUAAAGCGGGACAUUCUUAAAUGAGUUCGAAGCAUACGUUUAAAAAUAUGCUCCGCUUCCUCGAGAGUUAACCCGCUUGACUCGAGAGCAGAGCUACUUGUAAUUAAUCAGAUAUUAUCAAAGAAAGUAAUUUUACUUUUACCUUCGCGCAGAAACAUACCUUUGUUUUCUUUUCGCUUUGUUAAAGGUGCAAAUAAUCGGGAAAUUACUAUUCCUAUAUGUUUUCCGUAUAUGUGUAAUAUAAACGAAAGUAUAAAACGGGCUCUCCGCCGUUUCAUCGUGACGCGCGCAGAUUAAGAUUGUGGUAUGAGAAGAUACUCUUAAUUACCAGUUAUAUGGCACGUGAAUAACACGGCAGUUAUCUUAUGGCAAAGAGAUUGUGAAUCAUGGAGUAUUAAAUAUUGUAACAUAAUGUACUAUUUAAGCGCGAUAAUCGCAACUGUUAUGCAUAAUUAAACAUAAUAUACUUUAACGUUACAAACAUGAUUUAAAAGUUUAGAAAAAGGACAUAUACAUACACGCAAUACGUUAGACAAACGAUCUAGGUGUAGGGUCUUCAAUAUUAUGAAGAUAAAAUACGAAAGGAAAAGGAACGUGUGUGUGUGUGUGUGUACACACGAUGACUAGUGUUCCAUUGACUUCGAUAUCAUUUCCAUUGUAUGAUAUGUAAAAAAAAAUACAAUAAAAUUAUGCACAAGA